AUGUCAAAGGCGAUGGAGAACGAGAAGUGGGAGAAGAUCAUAGCCAGAGACAAGCGGGCAGGAGGAGCGAAUGGUGAGGACAGAACUGCGAGGAUUGUGAUCGGACUGUUUGAAGACGCGGCACCCAGCACUUGCAAGACUUUUAUCAAGCUUGUGAAGGGCGAGUUGAUCGCCCCUUGCAUGGAUGAGCUGGAGGCGCUGGGGGACCCCGAUGCGUUCACUGUGAGCGCGAGGAGCAAGCUGACCAAGAGGAACAACUACAGGCAGUGUAAGGCAACCGAGGACAAGCCUGUUGGCUACGAGUACAGCCAGCUGUGGCGAGUCGUCAAGGACAAGCGGUUGGACUUCGGGAGGAUCAACAAGCUUUACCGUCAGACUGAGAACAACAACGACAGCAACGAGUUGAAGCAUGAUAGAGCUGGGUUGGUCUCGACGAGGAGGGGAGGAGGACAGUUUGAGUUCACGAUCACACCUAAGGCGAACCCCGAGCUCGACCAGGAGAACGUCAUCUUUGGUUCCAUCGCAUGCCGUGAAGUGUUGGAGGGGCUGGAAGAAAUCGAGAAGCUCAACAACAUCCCCGUGACACAAGGGCAGUUCCUCGAAGCUGCAUUCAAGAUGUCAGGGCAAGUGAUUGGAGAUGAUCGAGCCAAGAUUCAAACUACCAAUCGACCCCUUCAGAAGAUUUAUGUGACCAAGUUGGAGAGAUGA